AAAACAAUCAAACAAAACACACACACAACAGUUAAUUGUCUAACACAAUGGCCUCAUCUAGAUUAUUUUUAGCUGCUUCUCUUCUCAUGGCUCUCAUGUUCUCUUCCAUGAUCACUUCAAGCCGCGCCACAAAACAGCUUACCAAGAAACAAACGUUAAAACCGAAGUUUUUUGGACAUCCUUUUCCUAAACCCGGUUUUCCUCAGUUUCCAAGACCCGGUUUCCCAGCAAAUCCAAUGCCAUUCCCUCAAUUCCCAAAACCCGGUUUUCCUCAACUCCCAGCCCCAGGGCAAGGUUUCCCAAACAACCCCAUGCCUUUCCCUCAGUUUCCGAAACCCGGUUUUCCAAGCAAUCCAACACCCGGUUUUCCUCAAUUUCCCGGUUUUGGUUUCCGAAAAUUCCCUCAGUUUCCAAAACCCGGUUCACCUUCUUUCCCUCCAGCAACGCCAACCAUCUCCACUCCGCCCUCUAUCCCGGUUACUCCAACUUUGAGCAAUUGAAACUUCUCCUCCAAGCUUAUAUGAUUUAAAUAUUGUAACUGUUGUAACCAUGCUCUUCCUCAUGUGUGAAGGAUUAUAUCAUCAACAUAAGCUAACUGAUCAUGGAUUGGUGGCUUUAAUAUGUGGUGAGUAUUAACUGUAUUUGUAACUAUAUAAGAAGUAAAUGAUAAAUUGCAACUAUAUAAUAACUGUAUUGAGUAUUGACUGUAUGCCUCUGAUACCACUACAAUGGACACAAAAAUUAAAAAAAAAAAAA